AUGAGAAUUAAGAUGCCAGCUGUACGCAUCGCGCAAGCGGAUGCGGACAGCGCGGCAGAGGGUGGAGGCUCACCAACACCGGGGGUCCCGUCUGACACUCUCACUUGUGGAGCCUGUCGUCGGGCCUUUGCUCUGGCUGACAUCGUGCGGUUCAUACAGCAUAAGGUCUCCUCCUGUGAUAAGGAACUAAGCACCUACCAUUGCUUCAGUGCAGGUCCUAAUUCUGACCCAGAAGAUGGUUCGAGACCGGGACAAAAUAUGAGUUCAGGGUCUACGGGUAGGCGACCUUCUCUUCUAACAGCAAGAAGGCCGCCGAACAGUCGAGUUCAUACUCCUCCGUUGGCCAGUCCGUCGAUAGCACCUCCUGACUUAAUAGAAGAUGGUGGAGCUUCGAGUACUCCUAAGAGAUUGUUAGAUGACGCUGAUGCGGAACAGUCAACUCCAAAAAGGAGGGCUUCCACAUCACCGAUGCCUUCAAGUUCCCCAGACGAAGACAUCAAACCGAAAAUUAAACAAGAACACAUGGAUACGUCUAGCUCACCUGAAGACCAAAAGAAAUCCAGAACAGAAGUGGCUGAUGCUGAAUCAAAUACUAUGCAUAGUGAGCCCAGUAACUACGUAUGCUCCACCUGCAAGGCCCGCGUGCACUCCGCUUGGCGACUGGUUCAGCACGUGCAGCACGUCCACGGUGUGAAGAUAUACGUCGAGAGCAUGCCUCAACAGCUGCCCAACAAGAACCAUUCUACAUCAAGCUCAUCGUCGAGCAGUUCUGGCUGUUCGUCAUCUGGCGCACCACUCCCGCCACCAUCGCUUCGCCACCACCCUCUAUUACCACCUCCAGAUAUGCAUUCUCCCUUCGGAGUCGGCGGGUUACUAAGAAUGCCAUUACCUGGCAGCCUACCCCCUCUCGCUCACCCGUCAGUACCCCCAGCACCUUUAUUCGCUAGACCCAAUCACCAUGAUCAUAGAUUCAGAAUGGAGCAACUUGUAUCUGAACAAUUUCGCCAUCACGGCCUCAAUUUAGCUGCGGCUGCUGCGGCAGUAGCGGCGAACUCUCUUCCCCCGCAUCAAGCAUUUCCCUCGCCGGCUGACCGGCCACCAGUAAUACCCACAUCACUUUCAGGGCGCGAUAGAGCACCCCCAGUGUCACAACCUCUUUCAUUGGAACCCCAGCUGGAUUUUUACUCGCAGCGCUUGCGGCAACUGGCCGGUACAACCAGUCCAGGGGCGGCCACAGGCAAUUCCAGCUCUCCUAGCCCCAGGAAGCAUUCUCCUCCGUUCGCUUCCCCGUCGCCCUCCCGAGUCGGCCAGACUCCACCGGCGGGCGCCGGACCCGGGACGGUGGACGCGCCACGAGAAGCCACGAGGGCGCAUAGUUCUAUAUCACCUGAACGCCGAAGUGAGCCUCAAACGGCAGACGCUCCGCCAGCCGAGAGGCCCUCGUCCUCGCCUCCGAGCAAACGCAACGAUGAAGCUAACCACACUUGCGAAUUUUGCGGCAAAAAAUUCCGCUUCGAAAAUAGUUUGAUGGUACACAGGCGGAUACACACUGGUGAAAAGCCAUUCAAAUGUACAGAGUGUGAUGAAGCGUUUGAAAAGGCAUCUAAAUUAAAACGACACAUGAAAAUCCACCGUACCGAGAGCAAUACAGAGGAAGGUGAAUCAGCCGGUGACACCGGAGAAGAUGAUAGUGAGGAUGAAUUGGAAGACGAAGAACUCGAUGGGGAGGAAGAAGAAGAAAACGAAGACGGAGAAGAUAUUGAGGAAGCUGAGGAUUUGACUGUAUCUAACAGUAGUGUCCCUUCAGCUCCUACCCGAAAACAGACACCUGCAAUACCGGCGCAUCCGCCAACAGCAUCUGUCGUUGGUGAAUUAAUGGACAAAUUUGGUUUGUCAAACAUUGCGCAAUACAGUGAAGCUUUUAAACAAGCCUUGCAAGAAUCAGGAAAUUCAUUAAAAUGGCAGUUAGCAAAGGACAGAGAUAACAACAACGGUCCCCCGUCCGAGAAGCCAAAUGGAUUGCCUACAGCUGCGUUAAGAUUAAAAGAGGAAUUCGCCAAGAUGCCACCGCAACCGCACCCUCUAUUCAACCCAUUUGAGAGUCCCUUCGAAGCAUCAAAACGUAUGAAGCUCGAAAUGGACAGAGGAGAAGGUUGGUGGCUGCCAACACUACACGCUCAGAGACCACCCGAAAACAUUUUCGACGGUCUUAAAAAUAGCAGCAACGGAUUGCUACAAAACCCUCUUCUUAAAUCCAAAGACGGCAGACGCAACGACACUUGCGAAUUCUGCGGUAAAGUGUUCAAGAACUGUUCAAAUCUGACUGUGCAUCGGCGGUCUCACACCGGUGAGAAGCCUUACAAAUGCGAGUUGUGCUCUUAUGCGUGUGCGCAGAGUUCGAAACUGACUAGGCAUAUGAAGACGCACGGACGUUUGGGCAAGGACGUGUACCGCUGCAGGUUUUGCGAGAUGCCCUUUUCGGUACCAUCAACCUUGGAGAAGCAUAUGCGUAAGUGUGUCGUGAACCAGAGCAACGGUGGUUCUCUCGCUCUUUCCGACGACUCAAACGCUUGCAGGGACGAAGCGUCGUGA